UCAGUUCAGGUGAGACUAGCAAAAGUUAAACUGACAUCCGAGCGAGACUGCGAACAGCGAAAUGGCGAAUAGGGAACUGCAGCUGAAUUCGGGCAUGAGGUGCGCCAAGUACAUGCUCAUCAUCGUGAGCUUCAUGUUUGCGCUGACCGCCAUCCUCCUGAUUAUGGUGGGAACCACGAUCCAGACCAUCUUCGGCGACUUCAGCCUCUUCAUCGACGGACACUUCUCGUCGCCACCGGCACUGCUCAUUGCCAUUGGAUUCAUCCUGAUCGCAGUGGCCACCCUGGGAGCCUAUGGAGCCGUCAAGGAGAGUGUGAUGGUCAUUAAUCUGUACGGAGUGUGCCUGUUCCUGGUGUUCAUCCUCGAGGUGUCCGCCGCCAUCGCCGCCUUUGUGAUGCAAUCGCAGGUGAGGGGCAUGCUGAUCCGAACCAUGAACCAGGCCCUGGCUGAUUACGAACACGAUGAGUAUGUGAAAGCUGGAGUGGACUUCAUGCAAUCUAUGCUUGAGUGCUGCGGAGUUAAUGAGCCGGAGGACUGGAAGAACUACUACUCGCCCAACUUCAACUCCACUCUGGCAGCCGACGACGUGGUGGUGCCCAACUCCUGCUGCGGCACACCGCCCAGGAGUGUGGACGGCGCCACCGAGAUGAACUGUCUGGAGACCUACGACUACGGCUGCUUCCGCAAGAUGAACUUCAUCGUGUCGCAGAGCGCCAUGCUGAUUGCCACCGGCGCCACCACGGUGGCCUUUGUCCAGCUCCUCGGCGUCCUCUGCGCCUUCAUGCUGGCCAAGACGCUGCGCCGCAACAAGUCCAUCCGCGAGGCCCGUCGCUGGCAGCUGCAGCAGAGCCUCGGCGUCCUCAUCUCCGGCGGCAAGGUGGGUCUGCCCCAGAACUCCGCUGUCACCGGCUACCAGCAGCUGGACAACGGAGAGCAGGGCUCCCACGAACCCUACACCUACACGCCCCAGAGCCCCAGCGUGAACUAGGCAAACUAGGCAGCGACUGCGAUCGAAGCCCUAUUUAUACCGUAUAGCAUUCCCAAAGAGAUACCCUUGUAAAUGUAACUUUUUAAUUUGUUAACUACCAUUAUACCAUAGUUAAACGAAAUAAACGCGGUGGUACUAGACUACCUGCUAAAGGUA